AUGUCCUACAAUAAUCCAAAUAUUCCUCAGUUUCAAUCGCAACAGCUGCAGCAACAACAGCAACAGCAGCAGCAGCAGCAGCAGCAGCAGCAGCAGCAGCCGCAACCACCGCAAUCACAACAGCAGCCACCUCAACAACAACAACAACAACCACAACAACCUUCUCAGGCUAAUCUUAUCUCCCAACUAACCCCCCAGCAGCAAGCCCAGUUGCGAGCCAGGUUUUUGCAGAUCCAUCAGCAAUUUCCUAACGGUGUACCUCAAGAGGUUUUUAUGCAGUUUCAGCGCGAGAUUCAACAACAAGCUCGUCAAAAUGCAAACUUCCAUUCAGGUUCUCUGAGACCUCAGCAGUUGCAACAGCAGCCUGCUCAACAACAAUCACCUGCACCACUUCCUAUUUCUCAGCAGCAGCAGCAGCAGCACCAACAACAACAACAGCAGCAGCCACCGCAGUUCAUUAAUUCACCAGGGCAAAUCCAUUCCCAAGCCUCUACUCCUCAUAUUACACAUAAUACUGUGUACUCUAAUCCAUCGCCUGGAAUGGCUCAACAGCAGAAGCCACAGGUUCCAGAGCAAAACCAGCCACCAUCAUCUUCAUCUAAUGUUGGCCGUCCUCCUUUUCAAAAUAUGCCCCCUCAUUUUCAACAACAGCAGGCUCAUGCUCAAAUGCAAGCCCAAGUGCAAGCCCAAGUGCAAGCCCAAGUGCAAGCCCAAGUGCAAGCCCAAGUGCAAGCUCCAAAAAUGUCACCAAAAAUCCCGGUGUCUACAAUCCCUCAGCGCCCAUCCCAGCACAUACCGCAACAACAAUCACAACCUCAACAGCCUCCUUCUCAGGGCCAAUCUCAACAACAGCAGCAGCAGCAGCAGCAGCAGAUCCAUAACCAGUUUCAGCCGCCUAACGCUGUUCCACCUCAAAUCCAACACUUGUCACCACAAGUGCAGGCUUCGAUAAUGAACAAGCUUCAGAACGCAAAAGCUGCAGCUGGAAACAGACCUGGAGUGGGUGCACCGGCCGGUGCUCUUGGAAUUGGUGGAGUACCUGGAAGUGUUCCGCCUAACCGACAACCUAUGCCUGCACAACAACCCCCUCCCAAACAGCAGCAACAGCAAAUGCCUACACCUCCUAACAAACCUCGGCAAUCUCAACCAGGACCUCAAGUCCCACCUCCUGGAGCUCAAUUCCAUCCGCCAGGCCCUUCACAACCUGUUGGAGGCCCUGUUAGAGGCCCUGGAGGACCCCCUCCAUCGGCAGCUAGACCAGGACCUUCUGGAGCUCAAGGUCCGCAAAGACCACCAAUACCACAGAUUCCUCCGGAACAACAACUUCCUCCUAAACCCAUUGAGUUUUCCACGCCUGAGGAAAUUCUUGAAGUUCUCAAGACUCUUCCACCUCCAGAAAACAUGACAGCUGCUAAGGUGGAGAAAUACCUGGAAGCUGACUCCGUAUAUGAACAGAACAUGGAUUAUGUUCACGACCGUUUUAACCGCAUCAUCAAGCGUAAACGUACCGAACUACAAUAUUUUAACCAGGUUCUCACGGUGCGCCAACAAAAGCCUGGCUCACUGUUUAGCGGAGGAUACAUGGGCUACGGUAAUGGAUGGACUGGUAAUCGGUUUGAUUUGGAGCUUGUAUACCCCAAAAAACGCAAGCGCAAUAACAGGGCUUCCACAGAACCCAAUCCAACUCAGCAACAGCUUGAUACUGUUGCGGAACACACAGAAAUACUUGUACCUAUUCGUUUGGACAUUGAAAUGGAUAAGUACCGGUUGCGUGAUACUUUUACUUGGAACCUCAAGGAGGAUUGUAUACCCGUUAGUACUUUUGCCGAGAAUCUUGUUGAGGACUACAACCUACCGUUAUCAUUGGCUUCCAAUGUUACAUCUUCAAUGAAUGAGCAAAUCAAGGACUUUAUACCCCAUUCAUAUGUUGAUAUUUCGGAACCCAAAUAUGCAAACUCCAGUAUGUAUCGCGAUGAAGACAUGCGUAUCAACAUCAAACUAGACAUUACUGUGGGACAACACAAUCUUGUGGACCAGUUUGAAUGGGAUAUCAAUUGUGCAGAAAACAGUCCAGAAGAGUUUGCAGAAACCUUGUGCAAGGAGCUCGGGCUUUCCGGUGAAUUCAUGACAGCCAUUGCACACUCGAUCCGCGAACAACAAGAACUUUUUACAAAAACUCUUUACCUUAUCCAGUACCCGUUUGAUGGUACCCCUGUUGAGGACGAGGACUUGCGACGGGAGUUCAAUCCACCCAUUACCGUCGAUUAUCUACGCAACAAGUCACACCUCAAAGAAUACUCACCCGCACUCUUUGAAAUCUCAGAACUCGAGCUUGACCGCCAAGACAGAGACCGAGACCGCGACUCGCGCCGUAAGCGUCGUCAGGGCCGUGCCGGUCGUCGCAACGGUCCUGCCCUUCCAGACCUCCGUGAAUCGCUGCGAUCUUUCCGUACCCCUGUAUACUCCACUACCCUGCCCGGUGGCCUUGACCGCAAUGUCGAACUGCUUCGCCGUAUGCGCCAAAAGGAGCUCUUUGGUGAAAAUGACGAUGGCAUCAUGCAGGUUUCUGCCUCUGGUAGCGGAUCCGGCGUGCCUGGUGUAUCUUCGGGUCCCAAACCCGUUGGUCGUCCACCAUUGCACCGCAACCUUAAUAAUUUGGCUUAUGCGGGUGGUUCGUAUUAUAGUGCGAGUGCGGUGUCGCAUGUACCUGAUCGGUUCAUGGUUACUCUGAAGUUACCCCCACGUCUGCGGCCUUACCUUGAACAAAUCAAGCGAACGAAAUUUGCGUAG